AUGGCGUACCACCUGGGAUCCCCCUUCCCCAAUUUCACCGCCACAGCGUCAAACGUGGAAGGCCCCUUCGACCUGUAUGAGUAUGUGGGGAACAUGUGGUGCAUCCUUUUCAGCCACCCACAUGACUUCACCCCCGUGUGUACAACGGAACUGGCACAAUUCGGGAGCAUGUACGACGAGUUCCUAAAGUUGAAUUGCAAAUUAGUUGGGUUCAGCUGCAAUUCAAAGGAAUCCCACGAAAAGUGGAUUGAAGACAUUAAGCAUUAUGGGAAGUUGACUCAGUGGAAGAUCCCCAUUGUCUGUGAUGAAUCUAGGGAGCUAGCCAACAAAUUAAAAAUUAUGGACGAAAAGGAAAAAGAUAUCAAAGGGUUACCACUCACAUGCAGAUGCGUCUUCUUUAUUUCUCCAGAGAAAAUUGUAAAGGCAACAGUAUUAUAUCCGGCAACCACUGGACGAAAUGCAAACGAAAUUUUACGUGUCCUUAAAUCUCUCCAGUUGACAAAUGAACAACCCGUGGCAACCCCCGUGAACUGGAACGUGGGCGACAAGUGCUGCGUCCUCCCCACCGUGGCUGAAGCAGAUUUACCUGCUCUAUUCCCCAAGGGGGUGCAGAAGAUACAACUGCCAUCGGAGAAGCCCUACCUCAGGUUUACAUCCCUUUGA